CAGAAGUAGAUCGGAAACAUUUUAUCGCGUUUGAAGAACGCUUUUAUUGACAUCUAUCGGCGUAAAUAUAGUAACAAUUUCGCCUGGUCGUUGAUCAAACGUGAAAAUAGACUCAAAAAUCUUCUUCGUUUAAAAAUAACGUCAUUGAUAACUACAAAAGUAGACACAUAUCAUAUGAUCCUUUGAAUAGUGUUACUGUCAAAUAAAAAAUCAAAAAAUAAAUAAAUUAUAAACUUUGUAUUGCGAAUAACAUACAGCAUAUAAAACGAGAAAAAGUAUGUAAGGUUUAUAUCGAAAAAAAAUUGUUCAAACAUUGUUUAAUGUUGAAAUAAGUGAGUUAAUGGUUGAAAAUAUUAUGAUCAAUGAUUAUAGCUAAAUAAUAGUAAACAGUUUUAUUUCUUCUAAAAAAAUGGCAACGCUAUAUCAAACUCAACUUUUAACAGCUUUAAGAAAUAAAACAAAACACCUGACGGAACUAAAAAAAACAUUUGUCCGGCCUUUGAUACAAAUUGCUGUGAAAGCAAUAGAACAAGAACAUAUAGAAGAAGGUGUUCUAGACAGAAUUAGCCAAAAAUAUAAUAUACCUUUGGAAGAUGUAGAUGAAUAUUUUUCGACUAUCUUUACUAUCUUAAAAACAUAUCUUAAAUAUGUAUCAUAUUCUGUCAAACCGACAGAUUUCAAACAAGCUUUAGAAGAAUUAAAAUUUUUUCUUUCUUCAGAUUGCAUUGAGGAUUUAUAUACCGUUAUAUCUGGUCAAAAGAAAGCAGAUUUACUUACAGGUUUAAUGAAAAAAACAAAAUUUUUUCCACGUUUAUUAUCAUGCAAAUGGCGUAUAGAUGUUAUUAUUUCAUCAAAUGUUUUAAGUAGAGUGCUGGAACCAUACAUUAUAAUGGAAUGUACAUUUGAUACUGGAGAAAUUCAUACAUUUGAACUUUCUUUAGUACAAUUUCAUCGCUUUAGACAUGCCGUAGCAAGUAUUCUUGUAGAGAUACAAUCACUGGAACAACGGAAUACUUUAAAAAGUAUACAGCAUAGCUGAUGAUUGUAUCAGCAGCAACAAAUGUUAUUAUAAACUUUUUAUAAUAAAAUUACAUAUUGAAAAAAAUAUUUGUAAAAUAAGUUCAAUAAUAUU